AUCGGCCACGGCCAGUGCCGCUACACACCAGAGCACGCGCGCGCCCGCACGUCCAGCGCCACGGGAGCACGAGACACGGCUAACCACACCGAGGGCAGCCUCACUUACUGCCGCCGCCGUCGUCGCCGCUCGCCGCGCACGCUCCGACGAGGCGGACGAGCGAAUGGACUGGUACGCGUGGCUCUGCAGGGCGGGGCUGCACCCGGACGUGGCGUUCGAGUACGCGCUGCUCUUCGCGCGCAACGAGCUCGGCGCCACAGACGUGCGCCACCUGGACCACGACUUCCUCCUCAGCAUGGGCGUUGCCGUCGCCAAGCACCGCCUCGAGAUCCUCAAGCUCGCAAGGAAGGAGACGUCCUCCCACGGCAGGGCCGCCGCCAUCACCGUCCUGCCGUGGCGUGCCACCAGGCUGCUCGCCGCGGCCGUGCACCGGUCCGCAAGCUCGGCGCUCGGCCGCCUCCGCGCCUCGGUGUCACGCGGCCAGGACCGGGACCGGGACCGGGCCAGGGCGGCGGCGGCCGUCCUCGCCACGCCGCGCCUGCCUCUGCUGCGGCACCGUGGCGGGAGGGUCGCGCACAGCUGGAGCAAGAUCGCGUCGCCCGUGGCGAUCCGUGGCGGGAAGCCGCGAGCGCUGCCGAUGUUGACGCGCAUCAGCAAGCCCGUCGUGCUCACCAACAGCUGCGCCGAUAAGUGGAGGGGCGACGGCGCGGCGGUCAAGACGCUGCCCGCGCCCGCUGGGUCCAUAGCCGCCUGCCUCGAGAGCACGGACGUCUGCAGCUGCGACGAAUACGAGGAUGGGGAAGUAAGCGACGAGGAGGAGGUGGUUGUGAAGCACAGCGGCGACGGCGAGGAGAUGCGGUGGGAGUCCAUGUUCCAGGAUCUCAAGCCCAACUAGCCGAGACGCGCGCGCUCGCGUGCCAAAUGCGCCCUGCACUGCACCUGUGACCUGCCGGCCGGUGCGUACAGCGAGCGAAGACAACGUGCCCGAUUGCCAGUGGAGUGGUCAGUACUCACUAGCUACCUACCUCUCUACCUGCUGCCUGUUACUGUAAUUGCAAUUUGCAACCGUGUAAAUGAGUGUGAAAAAUAAUGCCCAUGUGUCAUUCUCUGAAAUUUUGAGCUGGGAGCCGAUCCAGGUUCGUGAUGAU